CACGGCUCUGGCUCUGGCUCUGGCUCAGGCAGUUGAUAAAAUGCGGCAACUGAGUGUGUAGUGACUACUGUAAGUGAGUGCUGUGCUGUGCUUUGAGUGCGAGCGGUUCGAGUGCGAGUUCAAGUGGCGGUCGCUUUACAAGUGUGGUGAAUAGGCGCCACCAAAGAGCACACUAAAGAGAGUACAGAACCAGAGAAACGCAGAGUAGAGCUUGACAGGCUCGUUGGCGGAAAAGGCAUCGCAGUCAAUUCGAAUCCUUGUACGCGUGCAGUUGCCUGGACAGAAGUGUUGAGUGAGGUUGUGUGAGCGCGCGCCUUUGUGCUCGGAGUGUGCCGGCUGUCGCUAACUUAAACAAAUUAACAAAUGAUCAGCAUUUAAUAGUGUCAGAAAUCCCUUCAAAAAUGGUGCCAAAUAACAACAAUUAAAAGCAAGUGUCUAUAAUGUAAAUUCGCUUGAGAGUGCAACACAAUUCGAAUCAAAAUUGCUCAAUACAUUUUUGCGUGAACCAAGAAGCACUUUUCGCCAAUCCAAAAAAAUCAAAACAAAACACACGAAAAACAAACAAACAAAAAGUAAAAUCAAAAUCAAAACAGGAAACCGGAAAGCAUGUGGAUUAGUAGCCGCCUUUUUGUGAUUUGUUUGCUGCUCAGGUUCGAUGCGACGAUUAGCGAACCCUUUGAAACACAUCUGCGUGGUCCCGGCUUUGUCAUGGAACCUCCGGGUCGCGUUGAGUUCUCCAAUUCAUCCGGCGGCUGGCUGGAUUGCUCCGCCUCGGGCAGUCCACAGCCAACGAUCGAUUGGGUGCAUGCGGAUGGCACGGCGGUUACGGAUAUUCAUGGCGUGCGUCGUGUCCUCCGUAACGGCACACUCGUGCUAAUGCCCUUCGCCGCGGCUGCCUAUCAUCAGGAUAUACAUAAUACGAUAUAUCGCUGCAUUGCCAGCAAUUCCGUAGGCCGCAUUGUGUCGCGUGAUGUGCAAGUGCGGGCGGUCGUGGCACAGGCCUACAAAGUGGAUGUGGAGGUAUUAUCCGCUUCGCGCGGCUGCACUGCCAUUUUGCGUUGUGUGGUGCCCACCUUUGUCAAGGAAUUGGUACGAGUGGUCUCGUGGGUUCAUGAACCCGCUAUCUACAUCUACCCCUCGCUGCAAGGCGAUGGUAAAUUCCAUUUGCUGCCCACUGGCGAGCUGCUCAUUCACAAUCUGCAAGAGAGCGACGAGUCUCAAUCCUUCCGUUGUCGCAGCAUGCAUCGGCUAACCCGUCAGGUUGUUGUCAGCUCGCCGACACGAUUGCGUAUUAAUUCGCAUCGCGGCAUCAUAUCGCCGAGCGUUGUGGAGCACACAUCUCAUGUGCAGGUAUCGCAGGAUGAGGGCGCGGUGCUGUUGUGCGUGGCACAGGGUUGCCCUUCGCCUGAAUACAGCUGGUAUACUCAAAAUGGUGCCGGCCCGUUGCCCGUUCUAAGCGGUCCACGGGUGCGACUGCUGGGGCCCAUACUGGCCAUUGAGGCCGUGACAGGCGAAGAUUCGGGCGUUUACAAAUGUACAGCCAGCAAUGUGGGUGGCGAGGCCAGUGCCGAAUUGCGGCUCACGGUGGCCACGCCCAUACAAGUGGAAAUCUCGCCGAAUGUGCUCAGUGUGCAUAUGGGGGGCACGGCCGAGUUUCGCUGCCUGGUGACCAGCAAUGGCAGCCCCGUUGGCAUGCAGAAUAUACUCUGGUACAAGGACGGACGGCAGCUACCUUCAUCCGGUCGCAUCGAGGAUACGCUGGUGGUGCCCCGCGUGAGUCGUGAGAAUCGCGGCAUGUACCAGUGUGUGGUGCGGCGGCCCGAGGGCGAUACAUUUCAGGCCACUGCUGAGCUCCAGCUGGGCGAUGCUCCACCCGUGCUGCUCUAUAGCUUCAUUGAGCAAACGCUGCAGCCGGGACCAGCUGUAAGUUUGAAAUGCUCUGCAGCCGGCAAUCCAACGCCGCAAAUUUCAUGGACAUUGGACGGAUUUCCGCUGCCAUCAAACGGAAGAUUUAUGAUCGGACAAUACAUCACCGUGCAUGGAGAUGUAAUUAGUCAUGUUAACAUAAGCCAUGUCAUGGUCGAGGAUGGCGGUGAAUAUUCCUGCAUAGCUGAGAAUCGUGCGGGUCGUGUGGAGCAUGCGGCUCGCUUGAAUAUUUAUGGUCUGCCCUACAUACGCCUCAUACCGAAGGUGACCGCUGUCUCGGGUGAGACAUUGAAUCUGAAAUGUCCGGUGGCCGGUUAUCCCAUCGAGGAGAUACACUGGGAGCGCGGCGGACGCGAGCUGCCCGAUGAUAUACGCCAGCGUGUGCAGCCGGAUGGCUCGCUGACCAUCAGUCCGGUGCAGAAGCACACGGACUCCGGUGUCUACACGUGCUGGGCCCGCAACAAACAGGGUCACAGCGCCCGUCGCAGUGGCGAGGUGACGGUCAUAGUGCCACCGCGUCUAAGUCCCUUUCAAACAUCCAUACUGCAACUAAACAUGGGCGACCGCGCCUCGCUGACCUGCUCCGUGGUCAAGGGCGACUUGCCGUUGACCAUGAAUUGGCGCAAGGAUGGCCGCCCCAUCGAUCCCACUCAGCAUAUGUCCGUGAAGCAGGUGGAUCAGUAUAAUAGCAUUCUGGUCAUUGACAAUCUGGGGAGCGAUCACACGGGUAACUAUUCGUGUGUGGUGCGCAACUCGGCGGCGGAGGUGGAAAACUCACAGGCGCUUUUGGUCAAUGUGCCGCCACGUUGGAUUGUCGAGCCAGCCGAUGCGAAUGUGGAACGCAAUCGUCACAUCAUGUUGCAUUGUCAGGCACAGGGCGUGCCGACGCCCAGCAUUGUAUGGAAAAAGGCAACAGGCAGCAAAUCUGGCGAGUAUGAAGAAGUUCGAGAGCGUCCCUUCACCAAGUUGCUAGGGAAUGGCUCGAUGCUGCUGCAGCAUGUUAAGGAGGAUCGCGAGGGAUUCUAUUUGUGCCAGGCGAACAAUGGCAUUGGCACGGGUAUUGGAAAGGUCAUACAGCUGAAAGUUAAUUCCUCACCCUACUUCUCGUCCACCUCGCGCUCUGUUACGGUCAAAAAGGGCGACACAGCGCUGCUGCAGUGCGCUGUCAGCGGCGACAAGCCAAUCAACAUUGUGUGGAUGCGUUCGGGCAAAAAUACACUGAAUCCAUCAACCAAUUACAAAAUAUCGGUUAAGCAGGAGGCCACUCCAGAUGGCGUUUCAGCAGAGCUGCAGAUACGCACUGUGGAUGCCACCGAUAGUGGGCCGUAUUUCUGCCGUGCCAGCAACCUCUAUGGCAAUGAUCAGCAGCUGGUGCAGUUGCAAGUGCAGGAGCCACCACAGCCACCCAGUGUUUUGGAGGCGGCCAUGAUAAGCAGCCGCUCUGUGAACCUUAAAUGGCAGCCCAAGGCGGUCAGCUCGGGCGAUGUGUCUAAGUACAUAGUGGAGUACCGCGAGGCGGAUCCCGUGCUCUUCAUCGACCAGUGGCAGCAUACGGAAGUCAAAGAUCCGCCCAGCUUUAAUGCAUUGAUUGAAAAUCUGAAGCCAGCGACGCGGUAUGCUUUUAGGGUCAUAGCUGAGGGCAAUGCAGGUCGCAGUGCGCCAAGUCAGGAACUGAUUGUACGCACAGAGCCACAACGUCCCGCUGGGCCGCCUUUGAAUCUGUCUGCACGUCCGCUCUCUUCCACGGAGCUGCUGAUUAGCUGGGUGGCUCCACUGCCGGAGCUGCGGCAUGGCGAUAUACAAGGCUAUAAUGUGGGCUAUAAGCUGGCCAGCUCGGGCAAUACUGCCUAUAACUUUACCUCCGUCUCGGGCGAUGGUGAAGGCGGCAACGGGGAGUUGCUGCUCAGUGGACUCUCCAAAUUUGCGCGUUACAAUAUUGUGGUGCAGGCCUUCAAUCAAGUGGGCCCAGGUCCGCUGUCAGAGCCAACUGCAGCGCAGACCAUGGAAGAUGUGCCUAGCCGUGCGCCAGAGGAUGUUCGCUGUGCCGCCUUGACGUCCCAAUCGCUGCAAGUUUCUUGGCAGCCGCCGCCAAUUUAUCAUACGAAUGGUCUGCUGCAGGGCUACAAACUAAUCUUUGAGCCCAUCAUUGAUGACAUAGUGCCCAACAAGGAUGAGGUUGAGUCGCGAAAGACCACUGCAUUGACAACUGUGCUCACCGGACUGCGCAAGUAUACUAAUUACAGCAUCCAGGUAUUGGCACACACACGCAUGGGCGAUGGCGCCCUCUCCAAGCCACUAUUUUGCCACACCGAGGAGGAUGUGCCUGAGGCGCCGUCUGAUAUUAAAGUGGUUGUCAGUUCACCGCAAUCGCUUUAUGUGUCAUGGCUGCCUCCGAACGAGCCGAACGGUGUCAUUACCAAGUAUAGCCUCUACACCCGCGUUGUCAAUGGCCGCGAGGAGCUCAAUAAUGAGAAGCGCAGUCUGCCCUCACAGCAGGCCUACUACGAGGCCAAGAAUCUGCACCCCCACAUGGAGUAUCAGUUCUGGGUGACAGCAUCGACUCGCGUGGGUGAGGGUAAGAGCUCACGCGUUGCCUCACAGAUUACCACGAAUCGGGUGCCGGCCAGAAUUAUAUCUUUCGGAGGUUCUGUGGUGCGUCCCUGGCGCUCUACAGUGACCCUGCCCUGCACUGCUGUGGGCAAGCCCAAGCGUGAGUGGUUCAAAUCAGACGUGGCACUGCGUCAAGGUGGCCUGCACAACUCACAGCUGCUGGAUACUGGCGACUUGAUCAUCUCGAGCCUGCAGCUGGCCGACAGUGGCAACUACAGCUGCCAGGUGGACAAUGGCAUCGGCACGGAUCGUCUUACGCACAUGCUGCUCGUACAGGUGCCACCUUCAGCACCUGUCCUCUAUGUAACCAGUGCCACCUCGAGCAGCAUUCUAAUGCACUGGAAGUGCGGCUUCACCGGCAAUGCUCCGAUCACUGGCUACACUUUGUUCUAUCGGCGUGCCACAGGCAACACGGAUGAGAUGCAGCUCUCACGCCACGCCUCCAGCCAUGAGCUGAAAGGUCUGGUUUGCGGCAGCACCUAUCAGAUACAUCUGACUGCCCACAACAAGGUCGGCAGCUCGCCGGCAAGCAUAAUGCUGCACGUGCGCACUCAAGGCCAGGCCCCCGGCAUGCCAGCGACGACAAGUUUGCUGGCUCCCAACUCCACAUCCGUACUAAUACGGCUGCACACCUGGCCGGACAAUGGCUGCCCCCUAAUGUACUUUGUGCUCCAGUAUCGUGCGGUGACAGAUGAUCCGGACAAAGAAUGGAUUUUAGUUUCAAAUGCUCUGAAGCCCCAACGGCGUGUGGUCAUCUCCAAUUUGCAACCGUCAACGCUCUAUCAGCUCCGCAUGGAGGCGCACAAUGUGGCGGGCGUGUCGCAGGCCGAGUUUAGCUUUGUGACACUUACCAAGAAUGGCGACCCGCCACCACCAGAGAUUGUGCAGCGCGGUCAACGCGGUCCGAGUGUCUUCUAUGGCAAUGUGAAUCUGCUUGUUCCCAGCAUUGCUGCUGUCUCCGGCAUGAUAUGUACCAUAGCCUUGGUGAUCAUUUGCUAUCGGCACAAACAAAGCAAUCAUAUACAAAAGGAAUCGCUCGAGAAUCGCGCCAACUCGGAGGCGGCACAGCGUGAACGAUAUUAUGCUACCAUACACAAGGUUUCCAUGCAGAACAAUGACAAAAUUCCGGAAACCUCUGAGGACAUUUCGCCGUAUGCCACCUUCCAAUUGUCGGAGGCGGGCAACAUGUCACAGCCGCAUCAUGGCGGGCCAGCCAAUACUCUGCUGCACUCGUUCAUGUACCAUGAGAGGGCUCUGGCUGAGGGCUGCUCGUCGCCACCACCAGCUGCGUCCAAGAAUCGACGUCGUCACUCACGCAAAACGGAACCCGAGAGUGAGGAAUCCGAAUCCGAUCAGGAUCAACUGACUUCCAGUCGCACCGAGUCUUCCAAUCAGCAUGAGGGCAAGAUCAAGCACAGCAUCAUCUACCAUGGAGCACAAUCAAGCACAUCCUCCGAUCUGUCACCAAUGUCCGAACAAAAAUCAUUACCACGACGCGGUCGCUCCAGAGCUGGCAUCCUGCGCACGCUGCAUCCGCUGCAGCUGCAGGCUGAGUGCAGCGCUGGUGCCUUCCACCAUGGCGAACGCGAUGCUGGCGAGCACAUCGAGCUGGCCGAGGUUGAAUGUGAUGUGGAUACAAUCAAGAAGCUAAAACUGGGCCAGCGCUCCUCGCUGUGGUCGCGCCCAGCUUCCACCACAUCCCAGUUGCAGCAGGAGCAUCAACAGCAGCAGCAGCAGCAGCAACAACAACAACAACAGCAGCAACAACAGCAACGCCAGCAACAGCAGCAACCACCACACAAACGAGCACAUUCAAAGUCGCCGCAGCCGCAACAACAGCAGCCCCUACAACAACAACGCCCACAGCAACAUUCACCCGCUCCAGGCCAAAAAUUGCUUAGCGAAAAAUCGGAUUAUUCGAUAUCUGUGUGAGACAUUGGUAAGAUCUGAUCAAAGCAUGAUCAGCAGCUAGGAUGAGAUCAGGCCAAUAGACCGCCAGAUUGCAUUCAAUUGACAUAAGAUUGGGCAACACUCGCGAGUUCAAGACUCCCGAGAGAAUUUUUGGUAUAACAACAGCUGAGCCGUUUUAGUACCUACAUUUUUGUAAUGUGCCCUGAACACAGAAUUACUCCCGUUAUAUCCGUUCCACCUCAAGUCCGCACCGCCCUCGCCUUGACCCGUAACCAGCUUGACAACCUUACCCCAACUAAUCAAAAGACACUAAAUGAAAAACUUUCGGACAAUCAAUAUCUAAAUUAUUUGCACAACCAUCAAAAGAAAAAAAAGAAAAAAGAAGAACACACAAAUAAGGUAACUCAAAACACUUCCCAUUCGUUACUCUCCAUUCCCCCAGUAUCUAUAUAACGCUCAUAUAACCGUAUAUACUUAUAUACAUCUAUAUAUAUAUAUAUAUAUAUAUAUAAUAUUAAUUAGGUAAUUACGAUUUGUGCAUGUUGUACGGCAUGCACCCACAACCCAGGUCAGUUAUCGAACUUCCAAUAUGUUGUAUAUACAUUCAUAUAUUUAUAUGCUUAUACUUAUACGUUAAACCUACUAACCUAGUGUUAAGUACUUAACUGACUUAUGUAACUCGAACUACUAACUCGAAUUCUAUUGAAUACUAACUACGCAUCGUAUUGUAACGCGUAUUACUCGAACUACUUACUAUAAUCGAACUGUUUUUGUAUGUAGAGAGGUUGUAAGUAUUUUGCGAUUUGGUCAAAACUUUUUCUAUGUGUAGUACUGAUACCUUGAGUUAUAGCUAAUGUUAAGUAUUCAAAAAUAUUUUUGUAAGUUCUCGUCGAAUUGAUUCCGUUUCAAAAACUGCAUUCUCCAUAUUUGUAAAACGAGGAAUUUAAAUAUGAAAUUUAAACAAAUAAUUAACUCAAGACAUAUGCUGUGUACAAAUCUAUAUUUAUGUCUAAACUAAACGUAUUUAUUAUUGUCUCAUGUACAUAUACGUACACACACACACAUACACACACACACGUGCAUACAAACACAUACAGACAAGGAUUAAUCUAUAGUUGUUAGCGCUACUAUUAAAAUUAAAAUUUGUAAAUAGCAACACGUGAAAAUUGACUGAAAAAAACAAAAAGGAAAAAAAAAUACUUCAUAUAUAGAAGAGAUAUACAAUGAAGAAUGUUAACUAAAUGUAUUUGAUAUAUUCGAUGUAUACACGAGUACGAAACGCCAGCUGAAUCAGUAUUCAUAUAUGAUAUGACACGAUAUCGCAGUAUCUACACAUUUAGUGUUUCCAUUACAAUAAACUGUCGUUCGUCAACGUGUAGAUAAAUGUUUUUAACACCAAAGUAUAGAAAUCAAAUAGCAAGUCGUAAUCAAAGUUUGACACUUGAAACAAACAUACAUACACUCGAACAUAAUAAGGCAAGUUAGGAGCAGACAAGCAAACUACAAAUUAACAUUAGUUUAUAUGAAUAAUCCACAUAUUAAUUAGCUGUAUUUUAAACUAGCCAACAAAACUUAUAAGAAAUUUAGCAAUUUAACAGAUCAAUAGAUUGAAGUCGAGGCCCGCAAGCAGGAAAGGGACUUUGAGAACCGUUUAGGAAACCAUGUGCCAAAAUUUGUUUAAGAGCAAAGUCAACAAAAAAAAAACGUAUUAACAAAAUAUACAAUAAAUAAG